CACGAACACAAGAGGACUUAGGUUUGGAGAUUCUGGAAAUUUAUUCAAUAUGGAUCUUGUCGCAGGUGUCCGCAAAGAAGGCAGCCGUGGCGGUCGCGGCGACUUCAAAUGGUCCGACGUCAAAGACUCCUCCCACCGCGAGAACUACCUCGGCCACUCGGUGAUGGCGCCCGUCGGUCGGUGGCAACACGGACGAGAUCUGAACUGGUAUGCGCGGGGAGACGACAACGAGGAGGAGCGGGCGCAGAAAGAGCGCGAAGAGAGACAGCGGGUCAAGGACGCCGAGGAGGAGGCGAUGGCGGUCGCGCUGGGGCUUCCGGUGCCGUCGAAGGGUGGAGAGGGGGGGUCGAACGCCAAUAUGAUACCGUUGGGGGAGAAGGAUGUUUCGCGCGCGGUUCGGGAUACGGCUGCUGAGGAGGGCCGUGAUGAGGAGGAUGGGGCGAAGGGUAUUGGGUAUGGAUCUUAUGGGGGCAAAGCUACGUCUGGGGCGAGGUUUGAUGAUGGGGAUAAGCUUGAGGGUGUUGGGUUUGAUAAGGAUCCGAGAGAGAGACGACGACGCAGGAGUGAGCGGAGUCGGAGUCGGAGUCCUGGUCGGGAUCGGAGACGAGACUAUCCCGGUGAUAGAGAUAGGGAGCGAGAGCGCAGACACCGCAGGCAUCGUGAUGAUCGAGACCGUCAUCAUCGGAGCCACCGGCACAGGUCGCGUUCCCGCGAUCACGAUCGACGGAGACGGCGGUCUCAUUCACGGACCGGUAGCCGGGACAGAAGACAUGGUGAAGAACACGUCCGACGCAGAGAGGACCGGCCUCGCAGGGAAAGGGAAAGGGAUUCAAGCCGCUCUCGACGGCAUUGAGUGGACGUAAAUGAUGCAUUUGGUCAUGCUGGAGUCGGGCGUUCGUGGAUUUGGAUAACAAUAGUGUACAAACUGUCG